CACGCUGACACACGAUCAGACCCAGAGUCCCAGUGGUCAGGCAUGGAGGUGCUGGAGCUCACGGUCAGCAGCUAAGUUGUUAGCAGCGUGGAUGGAGCGCUGCAGUGUGCUGGAUGGAGAACCUGUGGAGUGACAGCAUCGUUGUACACUGACUGGUAACCUCAGCAGCCUGUUUCACCAUGGAGUUUGGAAGAGUUUGGUCCAGAUAUCAGAGGACGCUGCUCAUCACCAUGAUGAUGUUCAAACUGGGCCUACUGUGCACAGCUGCAGCAGACAAGUGUUUGUCAUCUCCCUGCAACAAUGGUGCCACCUGUCUUGACCACAUGGGGGACUAUGUGUGCCUGUGCCCCAAAGGACCCGUGUGGUACAUGGGCAAAAACUGUGAUGAGUUGUAUGAUGCCUGUAUUAUCGAACCGUGCACAAACUGCACCAGCAAGCUUGGAACUGACGAGUUCACCUGUCACUGCCCAGACGGAUUCACAGGGGUCAACUGCACACAAGAUGUGGAUGAAUGUCAGAGCAACCCCUGCGAAGGCAUCCAGUCCUAUUGUGUCAAUGGAGUCAAUGGCUAUUCCUGCCACUGCCCCCUUGGAUUGGGAGGAGAGGACUGCAAGGAUAACGUGACCAUUUGUUCAGAAGGAACAUGCCAGAAUGGUGGCACCUGUGUGGACAUCCCUGACAUUGGGUACCAUUGCCAGUGUGCUGCUGGGUACCAGGGGACGGAGUGUGAGGAGAACAUUGACGAAUGCCAGUCUGAGCCUUGUCAGAAUGGAGCAAUCUGUAAAGAUGGGGUUAAUGCCUACCAGUGUUUCUGUGUGCCUGGAUUUCAAGGCUACCACUGUGACUUGGACAUUAACGAGUGUGCCUCCAGACCUUGUCUAAACAAUGGCACAUGUUUGGACGAGGUGGAUGACUACCGGUGUGUCUGCGCACCAGGCUUCAAAGGGAUUAACUGCAAUGUGGAGAUUGAUGAGUGUGAGCUGCAUCCCUGCCAGAAUGGCGCCACUUGCCGAGACCACAUCGCCACAUACACGUGUGAGUGCAUGGCCGGUUUCCAGGGUCAAGACUGUGAGGUCAACAUUGAUGAAUGUGCCAGCAUGCCCUGUCUGAAUGAGGGCACGUGCAUAGACAGGGUCAACAGCUUUGAGUGUGACUGUAAGGGGACUGGCUUUGUUGGCGACCACUGCGACAAGGAAAUUCUCGAGUGUGCUUCUGACCCCUGCCAGCAUGGAGCGACUUGUUUGGAUGGGAUCAAUCAGUACACGUGCCACUGCUGGCAAGGUUAUGAAGGAGAGAACUGCCAAGUGGAUAUAGAUGAGUGUGCGCAGCAUCCCUGUGAGAAUGAUGGCCAGUGUUUCCAGCGCUCAGAUAUCCUGAACUACGGGACGUUGCCUGAACUCAGCAAUGCAAAUUUCAGCUAUGAAGAGGCAGCUGGCUUCAUCUGCCACUGUCUGCCAGGAUUCACCGGAGACAACUGCUCAGUCAAUGUGGAUGAGUGUGAGUCUGCACCCUGUCAGCAUGGAGGAAGCUGCCAGGAUCUGGUCAACUCUUAUGAAUGUGUGUGUCCAGACGGAUUCACAGGCAUACGAUGUGAGGUGGACAUUAAUGAGUGUGACAGCAAUCCCUGCAAGAAUGGUGCCACGUGUGAGGACGCUGCCAACUCUUAUAGGUGUCACUGCCCUGUGUCAAAGCCAGACCAGGAGCCCUGGGGUGGGCCCGACUGUGCAGUCCGCUUGGUCGGUUGCCAACAGCACCAGUGUCAACAUGGAGCAGGUUGUGUCCCUGUGCUGACCGAUGAUGGAGAGCACAGCUACACCUGCCAGUGUCUGCCUGGCUGGACCGGAGAUCGCUGCAAUACCUCCACUACAUUCUCCUUCAAUGUAGAGGGCUAUGUCCACAUGCAGCUGCCUGUUUCUGAAAACAGGACAAAACGAGAGACUAAAGACCACGACCACGGGCUCCACAUGCAGCUCCGAUUCAAGAGCACUUUGCCCAACAUGGUGCUGUACUACCGGGGAACUAUGGAGCACUUUUUCUCCCUGGAGCUCGUCGAAGGCUCCAUUCAGGCCCGGGUAAAGUCAGGGAAGGUUCUGCAGGUCACUUACCCUGGUUCAGUCAAUGACGGAGAGUGGCAACAGGUCACUGUGACCAUGGAUGAGAGGCUGGUUCUGGCUGUGAAAGGACCCGGCUGUGAGGAAGAGUGCCAAGUGAAGAAUGAGGGUUACAACCAUCUAAUCUUCCUGCAGCCCAGCUUCUUUCAUCAGCUUUACAUUGGAGGGGCACCGCAAGAAUAUUUAGCCAGUACAUCCAGCGGAAGGGGGUUCAUUGGCUGCAUGGAAGACCUUGAAGUUGACCAUAAGCUGCUUCUGCCUCAGGACCUCAUCAGAGAGGAGAACAAGGGCUUGGAAAUGGGUUGCAGCAAAAAGAACUGGUGCGAGGACGACCCCUGCAUGCAACGUGGGCAGUGUGUGGACAUGUGGGUUCGGGCCAGCUGUAUGUGUCAUCGGCCCUACUAUGGAGCACACUGUGGAAAAGAGUACCCAUCAUGGACCUUUGGUCGUGAGAACACCACCAGCUAUGCUGCCUUUAACAUCUCAGAGACCCAUGGAGAAAAUUUCACCAUCUCCUUUUCAAUGCGCUCCCUCAAACACAAUGGUCUGCUCCUGCAGCUCAGUCGAGAGGGAGCACCAUACCUGACAGUCUACCUGAAGGAGGGUACUGUUGCUAUUUACAGCCCCCACACCACCCUGCUUUCUGAGGCCAAGUUUGUCACUGACGGUAACAGUAAUUUGGUAACUGUAAAGGUACACUAUGGCCAUGUGGUAUUUCCCAAAGCAGGGAAUAAUCGUGCCUUAGGGAAUGUGAGCAUAGAGGCAGGAGAUGUGGCGUAUGUUGGAGGGCUCCCUCCAGGCAAGAGUAUGAACGCCUGGGGUGGAAACUUCAAGGGCUGCCUGCAGGACAUCCGGCUGGACCACAAGCAACUGACCAGUGAGGAUCAUCCGGAGGGAGUCGAAGCUUACCAGGCAAGCACAGAGGAGAAUGUGCUGCCAGGAUGCCAAAGUGAUGACACAUGCAAGGAUGAGCCCUGUUUCAAUGACGGACAGUGUCAGGUCACCUGGAAUGACUUCAAGUGCAACUGCCCUGUUAACUACUCAGGGCGUCUGUGCGAGAUUCGUUUGUGGUGUGUCGACAACCCUUGUCUUGACGGAGUACGCUGUGUGGACUUACAGGAUGGUUAUGAGUGUUUAACUGAAGCCAUUUUUCAGGACAACGCUCUCCUGUAUGCAGCCAACAGCUCUCUGCUGAACCCUGUAACCAACAUCACCAUGGAUAUAAGGACACGAGACGCAAAUGGAAUCUUGUUGCGGGCUGCCAGCAAAGCUGAGGUCUUCUGCGUGGGCCUGCUCAACUCCUCCUUGCUGGUCAAACUGGACAGCGGUGUGAGUGCAGAGCUGCUGGCCUUCACAAGUGACAGGACCAUAGCGGAUGGAGCGUGGCAUCAAAUACAGCUGUCCAUGGUCGAUCCCACGCAGUUAUUGUCCCGCUGGCGCCUCACCGUGGAUGGGCAGAGAGUUGGCGGCAGCUUCGGCGUUGGAGGCAACCUCAACUUCCUGAAUGACACUAAAAUCUUGUUGGCUGAGAAAUACACUGGAUGUGUAGGAGAGGUAAGAGUGGGUGGAAUCUACCUUCCACUCAUAAGACUACCAGAUGCCCCUCAGACAAGCCAGUUUUUCAGACUGGGUGGGCAUGAGCCAACCAUAGGUUGCAAAGGAACACCGAUUUGCGAUUCUGAGCCCUGCCUCAACCUGGGCAUAUGUCAGGACCAGUUCAAUGAAUUCAACUGCAGCUGCAGUGCAGGAUGGGAGGGCAAGCUGUGUGAGACAGAGAUAAAUGAGUGUUCUUCAGGUCCCUGUUUGUACGGUACAUGUAAAGACCUGCUGGCAGACUACCAGUGUAGCUGUGAUCCUGGAUACACAGGGAAAGACUGUCAGGAGGAGGUGGAUAACUGCCUGGAGUUCAACUGUGUGAAUGGAGGAACCUGCGUGGAGACAGAAGGAACACACACAUGUUCAUGUCCUCCGGGUUACAUCGGCAAGCGCUGUCAGUGGCGUUUCCCUCCAGUGGCGUGUGAUGCAAACACAGACUGUCUUAAUGGAGGUGUCUGUAUAGGAGGAGACUAUGGAGGUAACUGCACCUGCAAGCCGGGAUACACUGGUGCCAGGUGUGAGACAGAGAUAGACGAGUGCGAGUCCAACCCUUGUCUUAACGGUGCCACCUGUCUGGACAGACUCAACCACUUCCAGUGUGAGUGUAUGCCGGGCUACAGCGGCAGACUCUGUGAGAGCAAUAAAGAGGAGCACAGGGAGCGAAUCCCCUGGCUGGUGGUGACCAUUCCUCUGACCACCCUGUGUGUACUACUGGCCAUCCUGGUGGUGUUUUUCCUCAUCAUGACAGCACGGAAGAAACGUCAGUCAGAGGGCACGUAUAGCCCCAGCUCUCAGGAGGUGGCUGGCGCUAGGUUGGAAAUGGGCAGUGUCCUCAAAGUUCCCCCAGAGGAGAGGCUGAUCUGAGGUCUAGAGCCCUGCCCCACAGCCUCACAUCCAGUGGAUGUAUCUAUCUAAAGGGCAGGUGGAACAUAUGCUCUGCAGUGUGGAUGAUUAAUCAAUGAGCGGUCCUCCACUUGUGAAAACUACUGACACUGAAGCCUCAGAGAUGGACAGGUGAAGACCACAGGCUGCAAGAGAACGUCUCCUUAUUACUCAGACUGUCCUUUUGGAAGAGUGUAUAGUCAAAGGAUGCUCUGACCUGGACGUACAUUGAAGUUGAGUUUUGAGGACAAUCUUAAGCUUAAAUCUCAUGGAACCAGAAUCAUUUAAGGACCUCCAAUUCAAAGGAAAAGCCUGAAAGCCUGUGGAUAUGAAGGAAUGUAUUCACAUGGGCUGAAAAUGACUGAAACUGAAAUUCUCCUAGGCCCCUCAUACAGUCAUACAAGGACAAUGAAUUCAUCAUUUGUGGUUUAGUAAAUCAAAGCAGUAAAAACUUCCUCUGUAGAUUCCCCUACUGCUUCAGGGACGCAAGUGAGAAAGAUUCAUGUGUCGAGGGAGAAAAACACAUUUGAAACAAAUUCUGUAAAAUUACACAAUUUAAUUUGCAUUAGCACAAACUGCACAUUAUUAUCAGUGAGUCCUUAUGGUAGUAUUACAUUCCAUAUACAAAGUUCUUUUUAGUUGUUUUUUUGGAGACAGACACUGAAAAGACACAAAGUGUUGGCAAUGCUAAUCCUGCAUGACUUGACCUUUUCUGCAGUCAAGUGUUGAGUCACCUGAUUUCCUUAUGUCUCUCCUUCAACUGGAAAUUUGUGAUUUUAACUUUUUUUGGUCUUAGAAAACAUAAGAAGUCAACUGAAGAAGUAAUUUGGAUUCAGACCUCAUGUUCUUGUUCGCUGAACCAGAAAUUUGUAUGAUACAACCUUGAUACUGGUGAUUUCAGGUACUUAAUAUUGUUUAAAUAAUUCUUUUACAAGGGAAAAAGAUACUUCUGAAGUUGUGUGUCUACAGGUUUUUUGUUACGCCAUCCCUCUUUACAGCUGAAGUCUGUAAUGUGAAUUAAAUGAUGCAAACACUUAAUAUGAUGGAGCAUGAAUUUAGAACACACCCCUGAAUGUGUGGACUACAUCACUGCAGCUUCUGCAGGAGUCAAAAACUGUUGUGUUAAUAACUGCUGUAUUACGUUGUCUGUGUGCACUGUAUGACUGAACAGGCUAACUGCUCUGUCCAGUCUUUGUUACUGUGAUAAGAUGGUAUGAGUGUCUUAUCCAUGUCUUUGUGUUGUGUAUAAUGCAAAACGUAAAGUCACUGUAUUCUAUUUUUUUGUUAUAUUUUCAACAUUUUCAACAUUAUUUAAUUGUAGGAAUCUCAUUGCUGCAUUCCGAGGUGGACACACCAGGAUUUAUGGACAUAAGUAAUGAAACAAAAAAUAGAGGAAAAAAAAGGGAGAAUGUCUUCUCAAUUUAUAAUCUAAAGGAAGAAUUCAACACCAAGGGCAUAGGUUUGGUCACAAAAUCAGUAGGGACACAACAGUUAUCGGCUUUCUUUCCAAGAGUGAGAUAAGGAGACAAACAGUCAGUAGAGGAGCUGGAAGUAUUCAGUUUCACAUUUCUGGAUCUGUUUCUAGAUCAAGCAAACAAGACACCAUGUGUUAAUUACUUAUGGUAUUUUGUCACAUUGGACAGAACUAAGCUAACUGCUUUCAGUCCUUACUCCAAACUAUGUUAAUCCCUGUGUUAAUCUGUGUAAGUCACCAUCACCAGUCACCAUUUUACGUUCUAUAGCCUUAUAUAGAGACUGUUGUGGUUUCCCUCAUGUGUGGUGGUUAAUAACAAGAGGCAAUUUUUUUUAUCCCGUUUGCGCCAUGAGUGAGACAGAUGAUGUUUGUCAAUUUAAAAGAUAAUUUUGGAAGAAAGUUUGUUAUAAAGAUAGUAAAACACUCUCAAGUUGUGUGUGUAAAGACUUCAUCUUGCACAAUAUCACAGCAUCCUCGUACCUAAACGACUGAACAAGUUUCUCCCAAAACUACAUCACCAUUCUCAAACCAACAUGUCCAUUGCAGCAUACUGGACAUUCUUUGUACUGUUGCUGUUUGCUGAGGUGUAGACACUAAAACUGCUUGAGUGAUUUAGGAAAACAUUGCAGUUUGGGUUACGAUCACUAGGAUACAUAUGUAGUUCCAUUACAAAUGAUGCACGCGUGUUACCUAAGGAACUUAAGUUACCUUAUGUACGUGACGUAACUUCUCCAUGUUAAAAUAAAAGAACUCACCAUUUACUUUUGGUUGUACACUGGACAUAGGGGCGGCUGUAGCUCAGCAGGGUAGAGCAGGUCGGCUAGAGACCAGAAGGUUGCCGGUUCAAAUUCCAGCUCCGGGAUCAGCUCAGCCACUGCAUGUCGAAGUGUCCUUGAGCAAGAUACUGAACCCCAAAUUGCUCCUGAUGUGUGGUUGGCACCUUGCAUGGCAGCCUCUGCCAUCACUGAGGGCCCUGUGAUGAGCUGGCGACUUGUCCAGGGCGCACCCUGCCCUCACCCAGGGACAGCUGGGAUUGGCUCCAGCAAAAAACCUGCGACCCCAUAAAAGGGAUUAAGUGGUUACAGACAAUGGAUGGAUGUACACUGGACAUAUUAAUAAAAGGAGCAAAUCUGUCUGGCCAAAAUGACAGCUGCAGUUAUGUGAACGGAGAGUUAUUCAGUUCUGUGAGCUAGCUUAUAUCCGCACGUUUACAGCUGUGGGUUUUGGUGAAUGUUAAGCAAGACCAAGUCUGAUUCAGGACUGUUGGCUGCAUAGUCUUUCUUAUACUCUUUCUUCUUAUGUACUUUUACUGUGUUAUACUCAAGUUGUUUUAUGACAGGCGAGGACCCCUUUAUGUUAAAAAUGCAUCUUUAAAAUUGUUAAAUGUCACAUGUGUAGUUAUGGCCAUGUCCAAUGAGAUGACAAGUAUUUGUCUCUCACCAUUCAGUACAUAUGUUUUCACAAAUAAGGGCUCAUGAUGGACCAGAAAUGUGAGGGUCUUCUGCUCCAGACAAACCUCAAUCUACUAUUUUUGCAUUAUGUUUCACAUAAACUGAUCCGGCUGCCAUAGACCCUUGACGUUAAGUUAGCUAAGGAUUCUUAGACUGUGAUGCCACUGCACUCACAUUUUCUAUAUCAGAAAAUCCCAGCCGCUUGCCUUUCACUCUCUAUACACCAGUGCUGCUAACUUUAUAAAACCACUUAACCAGGAUGCUUUUAACUGAAGGUGCUGAUGUAAUUUGGAUCCAAAUUAGUGUUGAUGGCAACAGACAGUUUGUGAAAGGGAAGUGACAUGCAAGUCACAGCUGAAUAAGAAUUAGAGAGACACUGGUCAUUAAUAUUGAAUGUAGUAAAGAGUAAUAAGUGGGAUUUUAAUCAGUGUGUUUUAGAUGGGGUUGGUACCAAUGUGUUGAACCUUAUAGAGCACAAGUUGCAUUGACUUUAUUUCAUCUGACCAAUUAAACUGGCACAGUCUUGCUCACGCAUAGAUUAGACACAUUAUAUGUCCGAAAGUAUGUGGACACCAUAUCUAGAUCUGCACCAUACAAUUACAUUUUAGACAAUAGCGUGUCUCCAAGUUUGUGUUUGUUCUUUUCCUGUUUCACUAUUUAAAUGCCCCAGCAAAUGUUUUUUCUUUUUUUUUUUUUCCAUCUUCGUGUGGAUUAACAUGAAUGACCUGCACCUGAACCCUAACCUCAACCCAAUCCAACACCUUUGGGAUGAACUUAAAAAACCGACUGUGACCCAGACCCUGUCACUCAACAUCUGUGUAGGACUGUAUUAAUAAUGUUGUGGCUGAAUGCAAGUAACUGUCUCCAACAAUGCUCAGAAGUCCACAUAAAUCUGCCCAAAAAGUAGUAGAUGUUAUGUAGUGCUAUGAAAGUGUAAGGAGUUAAAAAGAAUAGCAUAUCGUUGGUGAGUGUCUGUGGCCCUAGUUGUUGCCAAUUGUCCUGCACCGUUGGCACUAGCAGUUCCUUGUCAGUGGCUUUUUUAGUCAGCUGAGCACAUCGAAUCAGCAGCAGAGUUCAUCGAUGAGAUAAAUCACUGAUCGGCUCUGCAGUUUUGUGAAAUAGUGCAGAAAAAGUAAGUGAAGUACCCUGAGGCGAAUAAGAAACAGAAAAAUGGUCAUAAUGUAGACUGCAUGCCACUGCCUCUUUCACUGAGUAUGCAGUGUUGUUGUCAUUCCCACUUGCUCCUUUUUGGGUUUAAUGAAAAAAAAAAAAAAAAAGUUGUUUAAUGCUCCUUUAAAACGACUGCAGGCAAUGUACAGGUAUUUGUACAUGAUGAGAUGACAGUAUGUGCCUUCAUGUUCUCCUGCAUCCAUAAAACACCUCCUCAGAAUGCUGUGGUCUGUUUUUAUGUUACUUGUUCUGACAAAGUGAAGCCUUCAUGUAGUACUUCAAAGGAGAGGUCAGUGACAGAAACCCUGCUCUGAGACGCAGCUCAGCACACAUAUUCAAAUGUUGUCAGAAGCACUGUGGUGGAUGUACCGUCUUGUAAAGUGAAGGGACUUAAAACUAGAACACACACAGGACACAUAAGUAAUCCAGCUAUAUAAAGAAUGGUAGUGAUUUUACACUGGAGUUGUUCUUCUAAUGCUGUACCAUGUACAGCACAUUGUAGAUCAGUACAUGAGGAGUUCUGCUCCAAAAUAUUAUAUAUUCACUUUUGGCAUUAAUCAGUCCCUGGAGUUGUUUAAAGACUGGAUUCUGUGUGUUUGUGUGUGAUGCUAAUGGGUCAACCCAGGACUUGUAAUGUGAUUUCCACACUAAACACACAUUAUAUAUCAAACUGUCUUUGCAUUUGGUGUUUCAUGUCUGCAAGUGAUUUCAAAGUAGUCACUGUUUUCUGCAAGUGAAUACUGCAUUUUGGAAUAAAACUCUUCAUUUUGUACAAAUGAACACUUGUUUAUUUGAGUACGAUUUUAUGAUUUGUCUAUAAAGUACGAUGUACAGGCUUCUUUUGAAUCCAAGUGGAUAUUUCCACUGUAAUUUUGAGUAUUUAAUGGAAAAUGGUGCUUCAGUUCGAAUCAAACUUGGUGGGUAUGAAAUGUGACUUAAACAAUGUUCAA